CUUAAGGUGAAAAUGUAUGAAGAUGCCUUUUUGUGACAGCACACAACAAUACAGAGGAAAUAAAUAAAAAAACGUAAAAAUAGAAAGAAAAUAGGGGAGAAGAGAGAGAGAGAGAAUAGCCAAUGGCGAUGAGUACACACUGUACAAAGUGAUAAUGAGGCAGAUGCAGAGAAAAGGCUAAAAUCAAAGAGACAAAGUCAGAAGCAAACUGUUCGGUCUGCGGCGUGUGAAAGAGAUCAAGGAGAGAGAGAGAGUGAGUGAGUGCAGAGAACGUGAAAUGAAAAUGCGUUUCCCACUUGCGAGAGAGAGGAUUGGGGUUGGAGUCAUUUCAGAGGAUGAGGGCGAAAUGAGGCCAUUUCAGUGAGAUUUCGCACUCUUUGGGGAAGAACUCAUUUCUCGAUUCAACGCUUUGAUCCACGGAUUUUGCUGCUCUGAUCCAUUCUGCAUGCUGGUGAAGUGGGAAUAUGCAGUUGGUUUGUAAAGAUGCUUCGCAAAGAUGAGAUCGAGAUGUUAGAAGGAGAUGAUUGCUUUGAGGGGUCAUAUGAGGAACAUCGGAUAUUCAGAGAAGUUUUCUUUGGAAGUGAUGCCCGGAACACUACUAAAAGAUGUCUUGUCACUGGAGCCAUUACCUUCGAAUCUGAUUCCAGUAAGAACGUCGGUUCAUCUCCGACUUCCAACAACGGCAGCUCUGUGGUGACUAGUGGAUGUGCAUUUGUAGAAGCUUCUGAGCCCUCUGCUUCGAAAGAUGGUUCGUACUAUAGCAAAAAGGCUAAAAGAGCGAAGCUUUCUUGCAGUAAGCAACUGGAUUCAAGGGAAGAAAAGGGAUCGCCUUUGAUUGGUUCUCCAAAUUCUGAUUUUGCUAGAGAAAUGAUACCUCUCCAUUUGGUGGAAUCAUCUAACAAGGGUGUUUCAACUAGCUCGUAUUUGCUGAAGCAGCUUAUAGAAAAGGGGAAAGAAGUUUAUCUGGGUGGCAUUGUCUCGGAAAAGUGCAAGUCACAAACUUUGGAGAGAAGUGAUGGAAAGGAACUUAAAGGGAUUGCGUCUCCUGUUUCUCAAGAGAGCUUCGCGACCAGAGUGGUCUGUGCAGGUGCAUCUACGCCUCAUAGUGAGAAGUCUUACUUCCCACUACAGUUGAACGAGGGAUCUAAAGUAUCUCCUGUUGAGUUUAAUAUCUCUGAGACUUGUUUAAACAUCGAUCCGAAAGAGGACCCCCGUCCUCUUGUCUAUAAGUAUGUCUGUAAGUUGCUUACUUCUGCCAGAUGGAGAAUCGAGAAGCUCCGAAGAGCAAGCAGGAAAUACCCGGAAACUAUAUACAUAUCUUCAGAAGGACGGAAGUUUCGUGAAUUUGGGUCAGCUUGGAGAUCAUUGGGUGAGACCCUAUUAGCUGAUCAUAAUAAGUUAGUGGAUACAGGUGUUAAGAAAUGGACCGGUAUCAAUGACUUUUGGUCUGAUCUCUCGCUGACGUUGUUGGACAUGGAGGAGAACAUGAAAAAGUUGAAUCUUGCCAACACACGAGCACUUUGGUGGAGUGCCUUGGAGCCUUUUGUGACUGCCGUCUUCAUUGAUAAGAAAAUUGGUUCGUUAAGAAAAGGAAAUAAAGUUGAAGUUGCAAGGAAUUCAGUUUUUGACAAGUUGAAGAAAGAAGAUGCAAAUUGUUUGAAAAUGAUCUCAGGCUGUCCUGAAAGUGUGCUGACAGUAUCUGAGAGCACUCUUCUUGUGUAUGACGAUAAGACUAACAUUUCCGCUGGGAAAGUUUCUUCAAGACAAGAGAGGCAGAACAAAACCGGUAAGGAAAUAUCUGGGCUUGACGAGCAGGAGGUUAGCAAGGUCGAUGGAGCUUCUAAAUUGAUAGAAGAAGGCAUGCAUGGAAGUGUUAUGAGAAAGAAGUUACUCAGAAGGUCGAGAAAAACAUCCGGAAUGAAACCAGACCAAGAUGACACACUAGGUUCUGAUCCUCUCGGCAGCCUUGAAUGCCUGGAUACAGAUAUGGGCAACAUCCACAUGAUCUCAGAGGAAAAUUGGGAUGAAAGGCUGAGGAAUGGCAAGAUGAAGAACUCAUGUGGCAAUUCAAAGAAGGGAAGAAAAAAAUCUAGAAAGCUCUGUAAUCAGAAUAAUAAUAACCUUUUCAAAAGCAAAGGUAAGGGUGGUUCUGCUAGCAGAUCAAGCCAAAGAAAGAAAGCCCAGAAAUCAAAAACUAGAACGAAGAAAAGAAAUAACAGGGGAGGAUGCAGGCUGCUUCCACGAAGCACGAGCAAUAGUGAGAAACAAUUUUGUCAAGGAAAUUGGUCCACUGUAGGUCCAAGAACUGUCUUAUCAUGGUUGAUAGCUACCAAAGUAAUCUCCAGGGACGACGUAAUCCAGUUACGAGAUCCAGAUGAUGAUACUGUGGUAAAAACAGGCCUGGCAACUAAAGACGGAGUGGUCUGUACAUGUUGCAAUAUGACUAUGUCACUUUCCGAGUUCAAGAACCAUGCUGGGUUUAACCAGAACUGUCCAUGUCUGAAUCUCUUCAUGGGGUCAGGAAAGCCUUUCGCUUCAUGUCAGUUGGAAGCUUGGUAUGCUGAGUAUAAAGCCCGAAGAAAUGGAUCAAAAACGGAGGAAGCUUGUGAUGAUGAUCCAAAUGACGAUUCUUGUGGACUUUGUGGUGAUGGAGGUGAGUUGAUCUGCUGUGAUUAUUGUCCAUCUACCUUCCACCAGGCUUGCUUAUCAAUGAAGGUGCUCCCUGAAGGCAGUUGGUAUUGCUCAAGCUGCACAUGUUGGAUAUGCAGAGAGUUGGUUACUGUCAAUGCUGAACACUCUCAGGAUUUUAAAUGUUCCCAUUGUGCGCAUAAAUAUCAUGGAGUAUGUCUGCAAGAGAUAACUAAACGCAGAGAGCCUUUUCCAGGAACCUACUUUUGUAGUAAAAAUUGCGAGAAGGUGCACACUGGUCUUAGUUCUCGUGUUGGGGUCACUAUUCCUAAUGCUGAUGGUCUGUCUUGGACACUUCUGAAAUGUUUUCAAGAAGAUGGAAAGGUUCAUUCUGCCAGAAGGUCGGCACUGAAGGCUGAAUGCAACUCGAAAUUAGCUGUUGCUCUAUCGAUUAUGGAGGAAUGCUUUCAGUCUAUGGUAGAUUCAAGAACUGGUAUUGAUAUGAUACCUCAUGUGCUAUACAACUGGGGGUCAAAAUAUGCCCGCUUAGACUUUGAUGGGUUUUACACAGUGGUCGUGGAAAAGAACGAUGUGAUGAUCUCAGUAGCAUCCAUCAGGGUGCAUGGAGUGAGUGUUGCAGAGAUGCCUCUAGUAGCUACCUGCAGCAAGUAUCGUCGUCAGGGGAUGUGCAGAAUCCUCGUUACCGCCAUCGAAGAGAUGCUUAUGUCUCUGAAAGUGGAGAAGCUUGUGGUAGCUGCGUUGCCAAGUUUAGUGGAAACUUGGACUGAAGGUUUUGGCUUUGAACCUUUGGAUGAUGAGGAACGCGAUGCUCUCAAAAGAAUAAACUUGAUGGUGUUCCCUGGGACAAUUCUACUCAAGAAAACGCUAUACAGGUGCACAAAACCCAACCAUGUGAAAGGCGUUUGUCUCGCUGAAGAUCGCGAUAACCCAUCGGGCAAAGAAGCAGAUCUCGAACCAGGUCUAGAUAAAGCCAUGACUACCCAACUUGAGAGCUGCGAUCAGAUGGUUCCAGAAGGAUCGGACAGUGAGCCCGCCCCAAGCGUCCCAGUGCCACACGGAACCAACCAAACAGGGCCAACUUCAGAAACACAGAACACAACCCAAGAAAGCAAUGAAGCUGAUAGGUCGAAGAGAACAAUGGGAGGAGAAGACUGUUUGCAGGAAGAGGUGUCAAAAUAUUCAGAAGAACAAGAAGAAGUAAAGACAAGAGCUUCUUUUUCCUCCGAAGCUUUAGAAGAAGAAGGGCAAGUUAGUGGUGUAGGAGUAGCAGCAGCAGUAAAUAAUGUUAGUGAUGAGAUGUUGCUUUGUCUUGAUGAACAACUUGACUCUGAUAGCUCUCAAGACUCGGAUUAAUAUUAGACAAAAUGUCUCCAAUUUCUCCAAUUUUGUGUUAAAACUUGAAGGGCGACUAAGUUUGUGUUUAUUUUAUUCUGGUAUAAUGUUUGAGCAUAUUAACGUGAUCAUUUUCAUAUAUGUGCCGAGGUCCUUUUUCACUCUUUCUUUUGUGUUUCUCUUUCUAAAUCUUGCUUUAGGUUAUAUAAUGGCAAAUAU